ACAUACUUAAACACCCUUCACGUCUGCACUCGUUUGGCUAUUCCGCUCUUUCUUCUCCAACUACCGCCAAAUCAGCCUAUUCGCUAUCUUAUCUUUUUUUCUUAUCAGCAUAUACCUUUUAUUUCCUUUUAUAUUGUUAUUAAAUCUCAACAAGACAAUGCAUAUGAUGAAAUCUCUUCUUGCCAGCGCGCUCCUGGUUGCCGCUGCUGUUGCCCAAGGCAUUUCUUUCACCAGCUUUCCUGAGGAUGUUCAGGUUGGCAAACCUGUGACUGUCACUUGGACAGGCGGCACUGGCGAGCCCGUCACCAUCAAACUGCUCAAGGGACUCUCCACCGACCUGAAAGAGGUCGAGACUUUGACCACCACCGGCAAGGAUGGUUCCUUCACAUGGACCCCUACAUCCUCCCUUGUCAAUGGCGAUGACUAUGCUCUCAAAGUAGAACAGGGUGAUGAGAUCAAUUACACCAACCAAUUCGAUAUCAGCGGCGGCGCUGACAAACCGGCCUCUGCCUCUGCCUCCGCCUCCGCCUCUGCCUCUGCCUCUGAGUCUGACUCUGCCUCUCCCACGGCCACUUCUCCGACCGCCACCACUCCAGCCACUGUCAAAACCACUGCCAGCGCCCAUCCCAGCAGCUCUAGAAACAGCACUGCCAGCGCAGCCACCCUUACCACUGGUGUGACUGUCACGCCCUCUGGUCCCACGACUACUCCUGCCACCCCAUCUGCUACCAAUAAUGACUCUGCCGCGUCUUCUUUGGCCGCGUCCAGCCCCUUCGUGUUCAUUUUGAGUGUGUUGGCCGCGUUUGCCUACUUGCAUUGA